CCGUCGCACUUCCGCCCGGUUCCGGGUCACCUGACCAGGCCCGGCGACGACUACGGGUCCUCUAAGGGGCCAGCCCCGGCCGUUCUCUCCCUCUCUCCGGAGCCGCUGCGGGGCCGUCCAGCCGGCUGCCUGUCCCCGGCGUCUUCAUGCGCCCGGCCAACGGCCUUUGAGAGUGCUCAGCCCGAGCUACCGGGGGAGCCGGCCCGAAAGGCCCUCGCCGGCGACUUCACCAACGGGGCUCUAGGGGGAAAAAAAGCAACAAGUACAGCACAUCCUAAUCGAAACAAGUUCAAGGAUUUGAUAUGAAGCACAGAAGCAGAUAGUGCAUAUAGCAAGGCAUAACUGGAAUACUUUUUAAACUUGCUUAAAAUUGUCUUUAUGAUCUCUGAGAUGUGCAACUAAAAGUUUGGAAUAAAUCCCUCAGCUGGGAAAGCAGUGUCCGUGCUCUUAUGUACAACUUCAAAAAAAAAAACCAAAAAAAGUCAGAUCUGUAGGGGAAUUGUAUAAAGUAAACUCAGCUGCAGGGUAGCAGUGUUUGAAUAGUCCUUGUAAAGGUGCCCAUACAGUUGCCAAAAUGAGUAAAAGAACGAGCAGUGACACCCCUAUAGGAAGGAUGAGUGGGGCAGCAUUUCCUUCUCCCACAGCUGACAUGGCAGAAAUAAAUCGUAUUCAGUAUGAGAUGGAAUACACUGAAGGUAUCAGCCAGCGGAUGAGGGUCCCAGAAAAGUUAAAAGUUGCUCCACCACCUCCUGAUUUGGAGCCAAGCUUCCCAGAAGGAGUCCCAAAUGCUAGUGUCACCAUGCAGGUUCCAGAGAGGAUUGUUAUAGCAGGUAAUACUGAAGACAUUUCAUUUUCAAGACCAGCAGAUCUUGACCUCAUUCAAUCAACACCUUUCAAACCCUUGGCAUUAAAAACACCUCCCCGUGUUCUGACACUGAGUGAGAGACCACUUGAUUUUCUGGACUUAGAAAGGCCCAUUCCUCCAACCCCUCAAAAUGAAGAUGAAAAGUCUCAUUCGGAGGAAGAACCCAGCCUUCAGCAAAUCCGUACAGUUGGCAGGCUGAAAAGGGAGAGGUCCAUGAGUGAAAAUGCUGUACGACAAAAUGGACAAUUAGUCAGAAACGAUUCCAUGUGGCUCAGAUCAGAUUCUGCCCCAAGAAAUAAAAUUUCAAGGUUCCAGUCAUCACUUUCAGCCCCGGAAUACACUGUGACACCAUCACAACAACAGGCCCGUGUCUGUCCUCCCCAUAUGUUACCGGAAGAUGGAUCUAAUCUUUACUCUGCUCGGGGCAUUUUGUCGUUUAUCCAGUCUUCCACCCGUAGGGCUUACCAGCAGGUCUUGGAUGUGCUGGAUGAAAAUCGCAGGUUGAUUGCCAUUGGAUAUGCCAAGAGAGAAGUAACCAUUGUCAUUGGUACAAAUAAGAUUGACCUCUCCAGGUCAUUGGAUUUAUUGCCAAUGUUACGUGGGGGGUCCGCAGCUGCCACUGCCACUUCUAACCCUCAUCAUGAUAUCAGAUAUGGUCUGACAUCUUUGGACACGACAAUUGAAGGAACACCAGAUGAUGUGACUGUUGUAGAUGCUGCUUCCCUGAGACGUCAGAUAAUCAAACUUAAUCGACGUCUCCAACUUCUGGAAGAAGAAAACAAAGAACGUGCAAAAAGAGAGAUGGUCAUGUAUUCGAUUACCGUAGCUUUCUGGCUGCUUAAUAGCUGGCUUUGGUUUCGCCGCUAGAGGUAACCUCAGCUCUCUAACAUACUUGUCAUAACAGCUGGAAAUAUAAAGCAUUUGCAAACUUCUUUGUUUCUGUCUCUGCAUUGUAUGCCGUUUGAUAAUCCAUGCACUGAAAAUGUAUUUCUUUGGGAAAGGACAAAGGAUCUAAAAUUUCAGAACUGAAAGGACAUCCUGUUGCUUGAUUGUAUUUAUUUUUUAAUCAUAUUUGCAGUAACACCUGCUUAAUAACCUCCCUUUGCAUGUUUUGUUAAUAGGCCUAAAUUUGUUUCUGAAAAGAUUUGCUUCUCUUGUCUACAUAAAAACAGACCACACUAAUUCUCUAAGUAGUAGAGAGGGCUUAUAAAAUGGAUUUGCAAAAGUAUCUGUAAAAAAGAGUAAAAAAAGUAUCUGUUUUUGUCCUGUGUGUGAAACACUGUUAGAUGAAAUCAUUUGUGAUUAGAUACUUUUGCAUCAGCUUCCCUGUAGCUGACAUGAACACUUUAAGCAUUGCAUCCUGGUGCCAGAUUCAAAAGAACCAAGUCACAUAAUAUUUCAAAAGUAUGUUCAUUAAGCACAUGUACAGAAUAAAUUAAAGGAAUUCUUGCUAACAUUUCAACAGAUUAUCCAGAAGUGUGUGUGAAAUGUAUUUUCUUAUUUUAGUCUUAAUUUUGCAGAUGUUUUUCUAUGAAAUACAUUUUUAAGCAAGUCCAUGUGUGAGUGAUUUAAAAGAUUACGGAAAAGGUACCAAUGUAGUGUAUUUAAUAAACUGUCGAACUAAAGCA